UCCUGAUUAUCAGUUUUACUUUAGAGUUCACACCGUUAACACCGUUCGGCGGAACAAAAUUUGUUCAACUUUUUAUUUGGGCAAACAAAAAAAAAAAAAAAUCCAAAAAAAAAAUUGGUUUCUAACAUUUUCGAGUUCUUGAAUUUUCUCACCAGUUUCCCAAAUUUCUACCAGUUAGUCAUUUGAGAUUGAGUCGCUCCGCAAAACAUGUCGAACACGUUUUCCUACUGGAAUGGACAGCCCGUGAAUGCACCCGUUUAUCCGCAGAUGGGUGACCUCUCGCAGCACUCGGCCGCUGGAGCAGCAGCAGUAGUAGCAGCAGCAGCACCAGGAUUAGGAUUAGCUUCGGGAUCUGGUGCCGGCCUAGGAGGUUGGCCUGGCCAGGCAGCAGCUGCGCCACAGUCCAUGCUUCCCUUUGCCGGAGCAGCCGGAGGAGCCGGUGGCAUGCAAGUGGGAGCCGGUGGACCGCGCGGUAUGCCCAUGCCAGGUGCCCAGCAGAUGGGCAUGGGUGACCCUGGAUGCAUGGGCGGCAACAACACAAUGCUCUCCUUCUAUGGCCAGGGAGCCAACCAAUUUGAGCCAUGCAUCGACAAUGGCGAAGCCUUCUGUGCCUACAACGGCAUGGACAUGAGCAUGAACUACGGCGGAGGCAGUGCAUCCAAGGGCGGCUUCUGGUAGGACCCUUACCUACCCACCUUACCUACAUUGCUACUAUGAACAAUGGCUACAUGAGGAUAUCUACUACUAGCAUCACAACACAAAAAUGGCACUAAACGGCAAAACAGAAUCUAGGGCCACUCUUAAAUUUACACUGGCAUAUAUGUAUAUGCACGCAUCCAUUACACUUUAGUUUAAUUUGUGCAGUUGUACAGUUCAAUUAUAUAUUUUGAGUACCGCA